GCAUUAAUCAAUCUGCAAUAUAGGUAUAGUGAUGAAAUGCCAGAAAUGUGGUGUUCUCAUAUUCGUUAUCCAUUUAGGACACUUCUAGAAAACAACCUGAAAUACUUCUCCAAGAAUGGAUUUAUCCAAAUGGUUGAAAGAGUAUAUAUAGAUUGGGAAUUUAAAGCUGAGAGACGCUCAUUUAAUAUUUAUUGUACUGUAUGCGACACCUUGGUAUUUAUCCGUGAAAAUAUUAUCGAAUGUACCAAUCAUCACCUGAAUGAAUGCAUUGCUAAAACAGCUAAAAGGCAUUUUGCACAUUCUAAUCCUAUUCAGAAAAAAGGAGGAAGAAACGUGUCAUCACUUAGUUCUAAUGAGGUUGAUGAGAUUUUUAUGAAUUAUUCUAUAUAUCCACAGCGUGGUUAUCGUGUAUAUAAUAUGGAGAAUGAAUUUAGGGAAAAAAUUGCUUAUUCCUUAUUUAAUGGUGCAAAAAUUAUCCAACGGGCUUGGAGAGCUUUCAAGUUGAGACCCGAAACAUGGGCGAAACGGGUUUGGAAUAUAGUAAGGAAUGAUGACACCCCUAAUGAGAAGAAGUUUUUAGAUAUAAAUAUUCAU